GUCUCCCAUUUUCAAUUAAGUCUCCGCAUUGCCGGAUGGCUAAUUCUCAGCUAAAAGAGCUGCUGGAUAAAGGCACUAGGAAACUUGACUUACCUUUUGACAAUGAAGAACCGAUCGAUAUCACGGAAAGGUUCUUCGAAGAUUGUUCAAAGUUAGCAUUAGGAGAAGUUAUUCGAUAUGAUUCGUUCACUCUUGGUGAAGCUAUGAGUGCAGUGGAACUGAUGGAUGAGAAAAUGGACAUAGGUAUGAAGCGAGUUACUAGGCAAAUGGGAUUGGAUGAAUCUCGAAGCAACGGUUUAUUCGAGUCUAAUUAUGCUGAGCAACUAGCAGUGUAUGAUGCAACACUAUGCGCGUUUGUUACUUGGCUUGAAGGCAGCUGCAUCGGGCAGACGCUGUGGACAAAUGUGCUGCUCACGGAGCCUGAUCGAGUGCGCUGCGAUGAGCAUCCUGUCUUUGCAUGUUUAGCUCAUGGAUUUUAUCAUGUCGUGAUGCUUGUCAAGAGUGUUAUCCAGAACGCUAGUGUUUAUGAGGAAGAAGACUUCAAUCCUCACCUUCCUUUUCCAUGCACGUCCCAGCAUUCUCUGCAGGAUGUUUUGCAAUUCAUGAAAGAAGUGGAACUUGAUCUUGUUUCAAAAGCUGAAAAACCGGAUCACGCUAGUUUGAAGGACGUGAUUCUUUCGCUUUCUUCGCGAAUCGCCUUCUUGAGACUUUUUCUGGUUACAAUCACACAUCUAGUGCCUCCUAGGAGACCAGAAUGUUCAGACAGUGAUCCUCUGCAAAUGCCUCCUUUGGAUGCUGUUGGGUUUACUGCCGAUUUGGACGCAGCUGCCUACACGUCGUCCAAGCUUAUGUUACUGUCAUCGAAGUUUUUGGAAACAUCGCUGAAUGAAGGAGCACCACGGCCGGAGGGUGUUGAGCAUGAUGGUGAUUUUUCUUGGCUUGUGGCGUUUGAACCUGAGCUCAACAGGAAAUACUUACCAUCGACAUUCCCUAGAAAAAUCGAAAUCCUCCCUCGAGAAAAGGCCCUUCCACAUUUGCAUCGUGUUGCCUGCAGGAUACAUUAUAUGGUGACUCAGCUGCGAAAUAACUUGAUGGACUCAAUGUCCCUCAUCGAAUUUAUGAAAUGGUUCAGCUAUGACGACAGCUGUGUUCUUACUCGAUCUAUAUUACAGAUGGUAAUCUAUCCUCUCGAUGACAACGUGUUAGGCACGCAACCUACUGCACUUUUGGUGGAGAGAUCGAUAAGAAACACGGUAUUUCCCUUGGCACUAGUUCCCCAUACUCCUCUCUAUGAGAAUGACGAAUGCCGCAAGGUUGUAGAAGAUUUUACAAUGAAUACCACGAGAGUCAUGCUGAGUUUAUACCAAAACUUUGGUUUUAAUCUCGCUAGACAGAGAGAUAAGCUAGUAAUUAUCAUGGAAGAAAUGAAUGAGUUGCAUGAGGAUGCCUGCCGUGUUGAUACUGUAUGCAGACAAAUUGUUCCUGUACACAAUAAAUACAAUCCAUUCGUCACCUACAUUUUUACCCAGACACUUUAUCUAGUGCUUUAUCAUCUGGAGCUUAGCUUUCGACUAGAUUUAUUCGCCCCAUUUGAGUAUCCGUACAUCUACUGGUUCUACGGUGAGGUGCUAGGAAGGUGGUACAUGACUUCUAUUGAGAAAACACGUGAACUUAUGAAAGACACUUUGAGAAAAGAAUGUGAACUGUUAGAAAAUUCACGAAGGAAUAAGAAGAAGUUGAAACCUCGACUCAAUCAUGAAGAACAUUUUCGAAUCCGCUCUGCUGCUUGUCAAGACCAGUUGAUCAUGAGGUAUGGCCAUUCUGCCAUGGCAGAUGCUACAUUUCACAUGACUGUUGCUUUGAUUAAGAUGGGUCAGAUUAGGGUGCCAAUGUGGAGUGAAGAAUCAGAGCGUCUUCGUUUUGAACAUCGCAUGGCUUUCCUGUCAAGUAUUGGUGAUCCUCUUCAUGUGAGCUAUGAGGAAUAUCUAGUGCGGAGCAAGAUUCGAGAGUUGAUCGAGGGUGAUAUCAGUGUCCCUUUACAAAGAGCUAUCGAUACUUUCGAGUUUGCACGAAAUCAGUUUGAAAAACUUGUCGACCGACCUGAGUUCACUAGUCAUACAAAGCCUGUGAUAUUAAUUUGCCGUACGAACGUAGUAGUAGCCCGCUUACUCUUGGCUGGAAAUGUGCGUGAUCGUCGAAUUACCUUCCAGUUUAUGCCAGAAUCACCGGUGUUCCCAAUUCUCAAGCUAGUCGCAGAUAAAUAGAUAUUUCACAUAGCUAUUGUAAAGUCAGUGUUGAAUUGUUCAUGAUUAGAGUGUGCGGUGCUUACAUUGACGAUGUGUCUUGUUCAUGCGCAUCCCGCAUGCAUUCUUUUUGAGGUGAUACCACGCUGCUAUUACAGUGAUGUGAUUUUCUAAUAGGUUUAUUGAUUUUUUUUUGAUUUGAAGUUUAUCCUCAGAUUUUCGGGUAUUUGCGAUUUUCUUAAUCAUUGUGUAUUUGCAAAGAUUUCUAAAACGAACACACGGUGCCCUGUACCAAGUACUUUUUUUGCAACAAAGUUUUGCAUACUUUCAGGCUUAUUGCAAGCUAUUAUAUAUUCCUUCUCCUUUCAUCGUUUUUUUUUGCGUUUUCAUUGCCAUUUAUUUUAACUUCUCCUCUGGCAGUCUCAUAGAUUCUACAGCUUUCGUUUUGUUUGGACACUGAACUAUAUGUUGCUGUUCUGUUCUGUUUACUUCAUCAAACGCAGGGAAAAAUGCUUUCUUUUGGAAAGUGCUCUGUGCUCAAGAUUUCCUUGUGAUCGUUUCUAAAAUCAAAUUUGCUGUUUUAUCAGUUUUUUUGCUCUUCUCUCUCCAUCAAAGUAGCUUUCUCACAUGUUUCAAAUGCCCCAUCUGUGUUUUGUUGUUUUUGUUUCUUUUGAUAUAAAAUUUCUA